GCCGCCGCGUCUCUAUGAUGAAGCCCGCCAGGCAGACGCCUCGAGCCCUGAGGCAUCGAUGGCCGCAGAGCGCCGAGCACCCGGCAGCCCGCCUCGGCUGUUGCUGCGCCUGCGCGCACUCGAGCUCGCGCCCAGCAGCGCCCCUGGCGGCCGGGAGGGGCGGCGCCCUUACACCGGGGCCCGUGGGCUGGGCUGAGGGCAAGACUCACUCACUUUGAGGGUUCGAGACCCCGCCCCGCCUCUCCCAGCUGCUCGGGCCCUUGGGUUAGAGGGUCGUGGACAAGGAACCAGAGGUCAACUCGGACUUUGUAAACAGGAUAUGGCGCCAGGGCCCUGCUGGGAAGUGCAGAGUCGAGGAGGCUGGGGGUGGACUUUAGGGGGGGCGGGCAGGGUGCUUGGUAAGGCAGGAGGACCAACGGGGACUUACUGGGUUGGCGGUGGACGUCGCCGACUUCCUGUGCCAGGCUUCUGGGCGGAACUGGACAGUGGACUCUGACCCAGGACUCGGCCGUCCUGACCUAGGCUUCCCCCAGUCCCUGCGCCGUUACUGCCACCGCCAUGCUGACCCCCAGGACGGCACUCCUCUUGACUUUGCUCCUGGCUGGGGACUCCCUGAGCCAGAGGGCUCGGAGACCUCCUCAGCCCCCGUCCCCCAUCAGCACCAUACCGCCAAAGGCCAACUUUGAUGCUCAGCAGUUUGCAGGGACGUGGCUCCUUGUGGCUGUGGCCUCCACGUGCGGCUUCCUGCAGGAGCAAGGCCACCGGGUUGAGGCCACCCUACUGCGUGUGGCUCCCCAGCGUGCAGCCAUGGCUGUCAGCACCUUCCAAAAGCUGGAUGGGAUCUGCUGGCAGGUGCGGCAGCUCUACCGAGACGUGGGAGUCCCGGGCCGCUUCCUGCUUCCAGGUGCCCGUGCAGUGGACGUGGUCGUCGGAGAGACGGACUAUGAGGGCUACGCCGUCCUGUACCUGGAGCGGAAGCGGAGGCUGUCAGUGAAGCUGUACACCCGCUCACUCCCUCCAAGUGACUCGGCGCUGAGUGCGUUUGAGCAGCACGUCCAGAGGGCCAACCUGACCGAGGACCACGUCUUGUUCUUCCCCAAGUAUGGUUUCUGCGAGGCCGCAGACCAGUUCCACGUCCUAGAUGAAACAAGAAGGUGAGUUCGGGCAGCGGCCCGGACCUUAGAAGGAGCGAAGACCCUGAUGGUGGCGGC